UAGCAGCUUCUUACCCGCACCUAGCGUGGUGGUUACGUGAUGGAGGAACAGUAACCCGGAUGUGUGGCCGUUGGGGCGGGCGUUGCGGGGCAUGGAGUGGAAGCAGGCGUUGCGGGGCCGGCUGGCCGCCUGCACCGGCCCUCUUUGCGUUUAAAAAAAGACCCCUCGUCUUUCCCACAUAAAACAUUCCUGCUGAAAAUGAUGCAACCCGUAGGAUGUUUUACGUUACAUGUGAGUGACAGAGCAUGCCAGAUUUCAAGUCCAAGUGCUGGGUCUGCAUCGUAUGCUGCUAAAAAAAGUGAACAAGAGCUAAAGGAUGAAGAAAUGGAGUUGUUUACAAAAUACUACAUGGAAUGGAAAGGAGGAAGAAAAAGCGUUAAUACAUCCUACAUGAAUAUACCACGGUUUUAUUACAGGCUACCAGCUGAGGAUGAAGUCUUACUGCAGAAAUUAAGAGAAGAAUCUAGAGCAGUUUUUCUACAGAGAAAAAGUAGAGAGCUGUUAGAUAAUGAAGAGCUGCAGAAUUUGUGGUUUCUGCUGGACAAACAUCAGACACCGCCUAUGAUUGGGGAGGAAGCAAUGAUCAAUUAUGAGAGCUUCUUGAAAGUUGGUGAGAAAGCUGGACCCAAGUGCAAGCAGUUCUUUACAGCGAAAGUUUUUGCUAAAUUACUCCACAAUGAUCCCUAUGGAAGGAUAUCUAUCAUGCAGUUCUUCAAUUAUGUGAUGAGAAAAGUAUGGCUUCACCAGACAAGAAUAGGCCUCAGUUUAUAUGAUGUGGCAGGGCAGGGUUACCUCAGAGAAUCGGAUUUAGAAAAUUAUAUUUUGGAACUUAUCCCUACUUUGCCUCAGUUGGAUGGUUUAGAAAAAUCAUUUUACUCGUUCUAUGUCUGCACUGCGGUUAGAAAGUUCUUCUUCUUUUUAGACCCUCUCAGAACAGGCAAGAUAAAGAUACAAGAUAUUUUAGCUUGCAGCUUUCUGGAUGACUUAUUGGAGUUAAGGGAUGAAGAACUUUCUAAAGAAAGUCAAGAAACAAAUUGGUUUUCUGCUCCGUCCGCAUUGAGGGUUUAUGGCCAGUAUUUAAAUCUUGACAAAGAUCACAAUGGUAUGCUCAGCAAAGAGGAACUGUCCCGCUAUGGAACAGGGACUCUGACCAACAUAUUUUUAGAUCGUGUCUUCCAGGAAUGUCUGACUUAUGAUGGAGAAAUGGACUAUAAGACCUACCUGGACUUUGUGCUUGCAUUAGAAAACAGAAAGGAACCUGCAGCUCUGCAAUAUAUUUUCAAACUGCUUGAUAUAGAGAACAAAGGAUACCUGAAUGUUUUUUCCCUGAAUUAUUUCUUUAGGGCUAUUCAGGAACAAAUGAAAAUCCAUGGACAAGAACCAGUUUCUUUUCAAGAUGUCAAGGAUGAAAUCUUUGAUAUGGUGAAGCCCAAGGAUCCGUACAAGAUCUCCCUUCAAGACUUAAUCAACAGUAGCCAAGGAGACACUGUUACCAGCAUUCUAAUUGAUCUGAAUGGCUUCUGGACCUAUGAGAACAGAGAGGUUCUUGUAGCAAGUGAUAAUGACAAUACUACAGAUAUUGACGAUACAUAACAGGAAUACACUGUACUCAUGGAGAUGUGCCUAAAUGUGCACAAACUCUGAAGCUGCAGGCCUAUUCAUUAUCCAAAUAAGACACUUCCAUCUUCCCCCAGAUGGGUGGUAUUAAAACUUUGUAUAGGGGUUGUCAAAUUGAUAAAUGGUGAAGCCAAAAUAGCUACAGUGCUAUGUAAGAGGCAACAGUGGUUUGAUUUUAGUAAGCUGAAGAGAUUGUUUGGAAUCUUUCUUCAACCUACAGUAACAAGUAAAAUUUCUCUUUCAGCAUUUUGUUCUAGGAUGUAUAUUAAAACCUGCAGAAUAUUAAGGAUGGGAUUUCCAAAAAUGCCCAGUGUUAGCCUGUUUCUGCUAAAGUCAGUAGGAAUCUUGGGAUUGGUCUAACUCUGCUGUAUUUGAUGUCAGAGUUUUUAAAUCUGUCACAUGUAGUGUUCACUAGCAACUAUGUAUGCAAUGUGUAUUGUUUCCUCCCCCCACGUUAUUCAACUAUAGAUGAAGGUUUUGUAUAAAUAAAAAAAUUGAAUUUUUAUUUUA